AUGAAUAUGAAGACAUUGCUGACGUUAUUCGGUAUGGCGGUGUUGUGGGAUUGGAGGUGUGAAGCAGCGACUGUAGCUGUUAAGCUGUGUGGAAGACAGCUAGGGGACAUGAUGAGCAAAGUCUGUCAUGUGUACAAUAGUCCCCCAGGGGAUGUACCUACAGUUGUAGAACAACCACAUCCAUUAGUGAGAAGACGGAGAAGAACAGGCAUAGCAGACGAGUGUUGCAUCUACGGCUGUACGUGGGAACAAUUGUCUUCAUAUUGUGCCAUUAGUGCUAAGUCGGAAUCGCCGCUGGACUCGCUGGAGGCGCACAUGAUAGCUGACAGGUCGGCGGAGGUCGCGAGCAAGUCGUCGGCGUCUAAAGACACGCGCGAGGUGGGACGCCGCAGUCGCGGGUACGGGAGGGGCCGCUGUUGGUGCCGGCGCCGCUCGAACCGGCGACCAUUCAUGGGUAACACGGUGUGUUUCACUCGCCGCUUUCUUGAGCGCAUAAGAAAUGCCGCGCGCGCUGCUCCCGUGCUAGGCACGGUGUCGCCUCUACUCACCUGGGGCCGAACACUCAACACUGACUUCCCGAGGCUCGAACGUGAUAGAUACGCAUACAUAUCUGUUUACAGUUAA